AUGGAGGAAAUAAGAUCGUUCAUCGAGUCGCCUACGCGACUAGGCGCGGCAGUCAUUGUCAUUGGGGUGUUUUUAUACAACAUCUUCAAGAACCUGUAUCCCCGGUAUCCGUACCCACUCCCGCCGUCACCUCCAGCAGAGCCCGUCCUCGGCCACUUUAGGAGGCUGCCGAUGGAAAAUGCUCAUCUCAAGCAUAUGGAAUAUGCCAAGCGAUACAACUCCGACGUUGUCUACUUCAAUGUCCUGGGCAACCACAUGAUCGUGCUCAACAGCCAGAAGGCCGCAAAUGAGCUUCUGGAUAAGCGCGGGGCCAACUACCAAGACCGGCCGAGAUUCGUGCUUUUUGAUGUCAUGGGAUGGGGCUUGACGUUGACGUUUCUCCCGUAUGGCCCGAGGUUUCGCUUGCACCGUUCCGUGCUCCAGACAGGGUUCACCAAGACGGCGAUCACCAAUUACAGACCGAUCCAGGAAGAUGAGGCCAGACAAGCAGUUUCAAGGAUUCUUGCGCGCCCCAACACUUGGGAUCUUUCUAUACGACGAUUUGCUUCCGCAAUUGUUCUCCGCAUUGGAUUCGGUGUGAUUGUGCGAUCAGAUGACGACCCCUAUAUCAAAAUCGCAGCGGACGCCAACAUGGCUACCGGAGGGGGAGGCAAUCCAGGAACAGCUCUCGUUGACUACUUUCCUCCAUUCCGGUACAUACCCGAAUUCCUGAACUUUUCCAAAAGUCUACAACAUGCGCGAAAAUGGGGCUGGGCAAUCCAGAAUCUUCACGACAUCCCCUUCGCCGCAAUAAAAAAGGAAUUCGACGAGGGAACCGCCAACCCCUCCUUCGCGUACUCGCUUCUCACGAAGUACCGGGAAAAUGAGGAGAAUGGCAUACCCAACCAGCUGACGCUCCAAGACAUCCAAGGGGCAUCCGGUGCGGUUUUUAUUGCGGGAUCUAACACGACCUUCGCAACAACCACCGUUGCCAUCCUAAACAUGAUGCUCAACCCCGAGAUAUUCCACAAAGCGCGCGCCGAGAUCGACAGGGUAGUCGGCACCGAGCGGCUGCCCACCCUCGACGACCGGCCGCACCUGCGCUACAUCGACUACCUCGUCGAAGAGACCUCGCGGUGGCGGCCCCUGUCGCCCAUCGGGAUACCGCACCGGUCGCUGGAAGACGACGUGUACAACGGGAUGUUCAUUCCCAAGGGGACCCUGGUCUACUACAACACCUACGCCAUGUCGCGAGACCUCAGCGUGUACAAGGACCCCGAGCGGUUCAACCCCGAUCGCUACAUCCCGAAGCAAGACGGGGGGGACGAGGAGCCCUUUCUAGUGGGGCCGUUCGGGUUUGGUCGCAGGGUCUGUGUUGGACGCCACUUAGCACAAGCGUCGGUGUGGAUCCUCAUGGCGACGCUCAUAGCGACCACCGACAUAUCGCAGCCCGUCGGCCCGGAUGGUGUGCCAAUUGAGCAGACUAUCACGUUUAGCACUGGCCUCUCGAGCCACCCGGGGAGGCUGGAUGUGGUAUUCAAGCCCAGGUCUGAGAAGGCCCAGAGGCUUCUCGCUGAGGCGGUCAGGGAUACGCAAUGA